UCUACCUGUGCUCCGAACACCGCCUCCCUACUCUGACGUCCGUCGGCUCAGCCAGUCACACGCGAGCCUUGUGUAAUCAGAGGGACCGAUGUUCCAAUCGGAGCGCACCGGGGGCGCGGCCUCAAACUUAGAGCGAAGGUACGCAUGCUGCUGCAGAACCACUGCUGAGCUACAACAGCGCGCGGCACCUAGACGGGAUUCGGGGCAAAAUUCAAAUCAAUCGCGCUUCCAAUACUGCAACCUGCACCAGCGGCGCAAUAAAUAGGGAAUACUGUCAGAAAAAAAAGAUUGCGCUAGGGACCAUAUUUAUUAAUCAAACAGCUAGCUUGUCUUGCUCUAUAUUCUCAUUGUAAAAAGUCCAUGUGAUGCUAUUUUUAUUGGCGUAUUUAAUGAAUAUAUGCCAUAUCUAUAAACCAGCAGAUAUCUGCAGCAUGCAGUAUUUACUGAAAGCACUCGUCUUGCCAGGUUUAGUCGCAUUACAAUAAAUAUUUUAUUCUUUAUUUAAUUGUAUAAUAUAAUUAAGUAUCCGUGCUUUAACAUUAUAUAUAUAAGCUCGCGUUCUGUGACCGGUUUCCCUGGGAAUAAACGUCCCAGCCUGCCUGCUCCGCAAGUCUCCUCACCCACCGCCGGGUGGUCACCGAGGGACACCAGCGCCGGGGCCCAUUCCUGAAGGAAUGACGGAAAACAGCGAGAAGGAAAAUGAGCCUCAGAAGGUCCAGCGCUCCCCGGGGACCGUUUCCAUACAGCCCGUGUCUAAGUUACAGAGGCUGAAGCGCUCGCUCUCCUUCAAGACCAUGAGCCGCAGUCGGAGCAUUGAGAACUUCUUCCAGCGUUCCAACAGCGAGAUCCGUCUCCCCGUUGACCUCAUCACGGCCCCGCCCCUUCCACCGCCCCCAGCUCCCAGCCCUGCACUCUCCUCCAAGACCCCCACUCAGCUCCGCCCCCUUCACAUGCACUGCUUCCAGAAGCACGUGUUCCGAAAGCCCACCCACUGCCAGCUCUGCAAGCACAUGAUCGUGGGGAUCUCCAAGCAGGGGGCACGCUGUGAAGCCUGCAAGCUUGGCGCCCACUUGUGGUGUUCAUCGGAACUGUUGCAGCAGCAAUGCAAUGGCAAGUCGGGGGCGUUAAAGUGGAACUCCAGCUCCCCCCUCCUGGUGAAUGACCAGCUGGGUGUGAUGAAGGAGGCCCCUCUCCCUGCAGAGAAGGCCCGUGUGGACCCUGUGUACGAGACUCUGCGCUACGGGACCUCCCUCGCUCAGCUGGGCCGCUCCAGCUUCGACAGCAUCUCCGAGUCGCCCAUCAGGAGCGUGAAUCAGCGGGACGAGGGUGGGGAGGAGAGCCUGCGGAGCGGAGAGGAGGAGACGGGGAGCCAGGAACGCGAGAAGGCCGUGUCAGAGGACAGAGUCAGCUUGAAGAACCCCUGCAGACUCGAAAGACCUCCAAAACACUCCUACGUGGCGCUCUACAAAUUCCUCCCGCAAGAAGUGAAAGACCUGGAGCUGCAGCCGGGUGACAGGCUGCAGGUGACAGACGACUCCAAUGAAGACUGGUGGAAGGGUAAGAGCGCAGAGAAGGUUGGCUUCUUCCCAGUGAACUUCGUGCAGAGAGUGCGGCCGGGUGAGAGGGUGUGGAGAGCCAGCCACUCCUAUCAGGGCAGGAGAGAUCUGGGGCAGAUGAGUGUGAAAGAGUGCCAGAUCUGCGUUGGGAAGGGCGAGGACAGGGAAGGCUUUCUGAAGGUGAGCAGCGGUAAGAAGAGGGGUCUGGUACCCACAGACUUGCUGGAGGAGAUCUGAGCCGCACCGCCAAACCAAACUGCACCCUCAACACCAACAGUGCACUACCUCCCCCGCACCCUGCACCCCACAACUGUACCAUUACUGGAGCUACAAGAGACCAGAGGGGGCUGAACCCCUAAACUGACCAGCACCCCAACACCGGAAUCACUGAGCUGCACCAGAACCUUUCCAAUCUCACAAACCCAGACGGGCAUUGCAGAGGAGCCCUUUGGACAACUUGCACCACUUUCUUUACCUUUUUAAUUUGCACAAAGAAAUUAAUUCUGUUCCCUUUCUCAUCACUGCGGCAAUCGAUCAGGGCAAAAAAUGUGUGUAAUGAAGCACAGUGAAAGCAUGGUGAAGCAUAGCUAAGAACUGUAAAGCACAGAGAGGUAUGGUAAAGCAUAGGGAAGCAUUGUAAAGCAAAGAGAGGCUGCCAAAAUGACAGAUUUGGUCACGUGUCUCUCUGUCCUUCACCAGGGAGAGUUUAUUUAAAACACACAGAGGCUUUCCUAGGGCUGUUAAUAUAGUCUGUGAAUAAAGCUUGGGUCCAUGUUUUGUGAAAAUAAUUCGCAGGGCAUGACCUGUUUAGGGGAGCUUGCUCUCUUUCCCUCCCCAUCCUCUCCUCCUCCUCUUUCUGGUUAUAAAAAGAGCUUCUUGUUAUCCCACAGCCAGGUCUGCUGGCUCUUGCACAAUAAUUAGUUUGGUGAUUUCACCUUUUUCUUCUGUAAAUAAUGAAAAAAACAUAUAAAACUCUGUUAAAAAAUAAAUAAAUAACCGGACGGUGCACCGGACGGCAUAUAAAACUCUGUUAAAAAAUAAAUAAAUAAAUAAAUAAAUAUAUAUUAUUUGUUUAUUUAGCAGAUGCCAUUAUCCAAGGCGACUUACAGAGACUAGGGUGUGUAAACUGUGCAUCAGCUGCAGAGUCACUUACAACAACAAGGAGGUUCAGUGACUUGCUCAGGGUCACACAGAGUGCGCUGGGAUUUGAACCAAGCCCUUUUCUUUAAUUA